AUGACAGACCGCACCGGCGGCCCCGCGGCCCCGCACUACGCCCACCGCGAGCGCCCCGAGGGCUACGACGAGGACGCAGAGGCGCCCUCCGACGGCGAGGACGUCGCCGCCCUCCUCGCGCGCGCCGGCGGGCCCGGCCACCCGCACGACGAGGACGAGGAGGCCCGCAUGGCCCGCCAGGAUUUCGUCCUCGCACGCAAGCUCCGCCUCAGGGCCGAGGGCAUCGAGAAGGUCGUCGCGAGCAUGCUCGAGCAGCCCCCGCAGGACCACCCCUUUCCCGACGACGAGCCCCUCCUGCCCCCCGCCCCGACGUCCCCGCGCCAGCCCCUCGUCCCCCACGUCCCGACCAGCCCCGUCAUCUCCACCGCCUCGGCCGCCGCCCUCGCCGCCGCCGUGGCCGCGACCUCCUACGCAUCCGCGACCGCCCUGCCCCCGACCGCCCCCGCGCACGCGCACACGCUGCCGAACGGCGUGCGCCUCCGCCUCGCCCUCGCGACGGUGCUCAACGACCUCUUCGCGCGCCAGGCGCCCAUCCCGCGCCACCUCCACGUCGCCGCCGCGUCCCGCAGCAGCACAUCGUCCACAGCCAGUGGUGGUGGUGGCGGCGGCGGCGGCUCGCCCGCGAUGCAGGCCCAGAUCCCGCGGGCCGCGCUCCCGCCCUCGCUCCUCCCGCUGUCAACCAUCCAGUACACCUCCUACGCGCCCCCCUCGCCGAGCCCGCGCACGCGCGACAUGUUCCUCGCCGGCGCGGACCCGAGCACCGCCAACUCGCCCCCGUCGCUCCGCUGCCCGCGCCACCUGCACACCGGCUGCGACAUCUGCGUCGAGGCGAAGGACAAGGCGCCUGCGCGCCCCCGCGGCGGGACUGUCGCCGCCGCCGCCAGCGCCGCGGGAAAGGCGGCGGUGGGCGGCGGCGUGCCGCAGGGCGGGGGCCUCACAGGCUUCAAGGACGGGAGCGGGGUCGGGUCGGGGCUGGCGCGGCCCGGGCCGAGGGGGAGCGUGUUGAGGCGACAGGAGGGCAAGACGACGGGGACGGGGAACACGCGGUUAUCGGAGCUCAUCGCGCGCUUCGUGCGGCUGUCUGCGCUCGUGAGCCUCGAGCUCGGGCGCGAGGCCGGCGUCGGGGUCAGCAGCGGCUACGACGACGCGAGCGACGAAGCGCAGGGACACGGACAGGGGCGCGAGGCCGGUAGCGCCGCCAAGGGCGCGUACGCGCGCGCGCUGCGGCCUGCCCGGGAGUGGUACAUGCUGCUCGCGGGCCUGCUCACGCGCGCGGUGCUCGAGGGGUACCUCAGCGCGGGGUGGCGGCAGCUCGCGCCGGUGCAGGUGCUCAUGGGCGUCGGGCUCGGGCUCGGCGACGCGGGCGCGGGCGCGGGCAUGGACAUGGGCGGAGCCGGGGCGGGCGGCGCGGACGAGUUUGCGGGGUUCGACCCGGAUGAGCUGCCGGAUCUGGAGGAGGCGGUGCGCGUGCUGUUUCCGGCGCUGCGGGCGCAUGCAGAGGCGGUCGCGGCGGGGGGCGGGGCGGGGACGUGUCCGCGGCGGGAGGGCGGGGAGGCGGAGUAUGAGCGGGAGAUGAUGGCGCGCCUGGCGAGGUUCUUCGACGUGCCGGCAGGCACGCCCGACCUCUCGACGCACAUGGAGGACCUGGCGUGGCAGUACCCCGCGGAGCCCGUCGAGCGCGCCGCGCUCCGCUUCUGCGAGGCGAUCGCGAAGUGGCGCGGCAGGCCCGAGCUCGAGACCUACAAGGAACGCCCGCCGGGCUACACGCCUGCGCCCCCUGGCCCGCACGGGCACGGGCAGGCGGAGGCGGAGGCUGCGGCUUCGGGCGCGGGCGCGAGAGGC